AUGUUGCCGGUUAUUGAACAAUUGCUGCCAAACUUAGAAAAUCCUAGUAUAAUUAUCCUUGAUAAUGUAUCUUAUCAUCCAAAAUUAAUCCAAAGAAUACCCGCUACUACAUGGCGCAAGGAGGAACUUCAAAGUUUUUUAAAAGCUAACAACAUUGCAUAUAAUUCUAAUAUGCUUAAAAUGGAACUAUAUGCGUUAGCUAAAGAUGCCCAAGUUACCCAAACGUAUGAAAUUGAUGAAUUGGCGAAUGAGUGGGGCCAUAAAGUGCUUCGAUUGCCACCUUAUCAUUGCCAAUUCAAUCCUACUGAAUUAGUUUGGGCAAAAUGUAAACUUUUUUACAACCAGCAUAGUGAUAGAGAUGGAUAUGGUGAUGAUAAGGUUUUGGCAAUGUGGUCAGAGGCUUUGUCACGCGUAAACGCAGAGGAAUGGCGUCAUUACAUUAAUCACGUUGAGAAAGAAAUGGAGUCUUUCUGA